CUAGUGUUUGAGAGAGAGAAAGAGAGGGAGAUGUGCUGUCGCGUCAAUAAAUCAAAGCAAAGGAGCUCCUGAUCUCGUGAUUGCCCCCUUUCUCCUCUCUCUCUCUGAAAUGCCCUUCCAUUUUCAGCUAUUUUCGCCUCCACUCUCUCUCUCCCUCUCUCUCUCUCUCUCUGGCGUCCGGAUCAAUCGAACGGUCGCGAUGAAGUCUGACGGAGUCUCGUUGUAGAAAAUGAGAGUUUGGCAGCUCGUUUCCAGAUCUAAUGGAGUGGUUGAGAGUUAGGGUUUAGAUCAGGAAAUCGCUAUUUUUCGCUGUCGUUUUCGUUGCCGUAUAGCGAUGAAUCGGAGUUUCAGGGCUGCAGAGUCGAAAAUGCAAGCGCCCGUACAGCAGCAGAGGCAAGGGAGGAGCCUUGGAGCUGUGAUGAAGGACAAGGAAGAGGAUCUUGCGUUGUUUCUCGAGAUGCGGAAGCGCGAGAAGGAGCGGAAUAGCUUGCUUCUCCUCCACACCUCUGAAGAUUUCGAUCCUCCUUUAGGGUCGAAACCAGGGGGUUCUCCCAUAUUCAAGAUAGUGUCAUCAACACCACGUAAAACUGCUUCUGAUGACUUCCUAAACUCCGACGGCGAGAAAAAUGAUUAUGAUUGGCUUCUUACGCCACCUGGUACUCCGCUUUUUCCUUCUCUGGAAGUGGAGUCAAACAAAUCCACCCUGGGUCAGAUUGUAACCCCCAAAGCUCGUCCAACUGCACUGAAGUCUAGGUUGGCAAAUCCUCAAAUGGAGCCUUCAUCAAGAGGAAACUUAGUAUCUAGACAGCCAACAUCAUCAUCUUCCUUGACAUCUUCCAAUUUGGGUACACGUCGGCCUUCGUCAUCUGGAGGCCCGGGUUCAGUUGCAUCACGACCUGCGACACCAACUGGACGCCCCACAUUACUUGCCACAAAUAGACCCUCCAGACCCUCCACACCUACAUCAAGAGCCACUGUACCUUCUAGGGCCACCAUACCUUCAUCAAAGCCUAUAGCUCCUUCAGCAAGAUCAUCUACACCGACAGCCCGGCCCUCUUUAACUGCAUCCAAGUCUUCAUCAUCUACACCGACAGCCUGGCCCUCUUUAACUGCAUCCAAGUCUUCAUCAAGGUCUGCCACACCUACUAGACGCCCAUCAACCCCAUCUAGUGCACCCAGCAGUUCCAUCCCACCUGUCAGGUCAUCUUCAGUUACCAAAUCAGCCCCUUCCGCUUCGAAAAACCCUGUGCCAUCUCGUGGCACUUCUCCAACCGUGAAGUCAAGACCAUGGAAGCCUUCAGAGAUGCCUGGUUUCUCACUUGAUGCUCCCCCAAAUUUAAGGACAUCAAUGCCUGAAAGGCCGGUGUCAGCUUCAAGGGGCAGACCUGGGGCACCGAGUUCGAGAUCAUCUUCUGUUGAGGCUGUUUCUAAUGGUAGACCAAGAAGGCAGUCAUGCUCACCACUAAGAGGAAGGACUCCAAAUGGUAGCAUCCACAGCAGUGGAAGCUCUGUCCCAGUGACAAACCGAUCAUAUUCGAAUGGUACUAGUGACAGCGUGAGCCCUGUUGUAAUUGGAAACAAGAUGGUUGAAAGGGUGAUAAACAUGAGAAGAUUGGCACCUCCAAAACAAGAUGACCACCCACGAUCUUUCCAUAAUAAUUCGGCAGGGAAAUCAUUGUCUUCACCCGAUAGUUCAGGCUUUGGAAGAAAUCUGUCGAAGAAAUCCUUAGAUAUGGCUCUGAGGCAUAUGGAUAUUAGACGGAGUAAUCCUGGUAGUUUACGCCCAUUGAUGACGAACAUUCCAGCUUCCUCCAUGUACAGUGUGAGAUCGGGACCGACCAAAAGCAGGACAGCCAGUAUUUUGGACUCUCCUCUUGCCACGAGCAGCAACGCCAGCUCUGAGCAGAGUGUCAGUAACAAUAUACACUGUUUGGAAGGUAGUGAAAUCGACGACGAUGUUGGUAGUGAGAGAGGAGGUCGAUCCUCCCCUGCCAGCCAGCGAGGCAGGUGAUCAUCUGAUAUUUGUUAGUUGAUUUUUGCACCCCUAUGGUUGUAGUGCUCAAUCCAUUGAUUUACCUGUGAAAUUGAGAAGCAGCUGGAAUAGAAAGAUAUGCCUCAUUUCCGGAAAGGGGUGGGCCAAUGGAACAUGCAGUUCUAGCUUUCUUGAUUUCUAUAACAUAUGUUGACAGAUGCGGUCCUCCUGGGCUUUUAUUGUGUUAGCAGGACCGGUAUAUACUGAACUUAUUUUGUAGCACCAUCACUAAUUAUGAACUUGCAUCUCUACGCAGACUUGGAAGUUUUUGUACCUUGAAAUCUGUGGGAGUUAGCUUCAGCUCUCCCUUAUAUUUGUUUCUGUGUCUCUAUUUCUUAUUAGAAUCCAAAACUACAGUGGUCUUCCAGUCGUUAUGGAAAACUGAAGUUGCUGAGGUGA